AUGCUAGCAUGUAGUCCCAAAAAGACAGAACGCAUCAUUUGGACACCUUACUUACGAGAAUACAUUUCUAAUGGUUAUGCAGAACAUCCCGACCUAUACACUGACGACUUCAGAGUUUUAGAUGAGCUGAGAAACGAUUGUAUCUACAUGGAAACCAACGAAAAAGCCUUAAACAGACUCAUCAAAUAUUACGCUCAACUCGUCUUUAUCAGCGCAAAGUUUCCAAUCGAUGUUUGUUUGAUGUCUUGUUUUAAUUUUUCUUGUUGGGAUCGAGUUCCCAUGGUAUUUGGCUUUUCAAGCAGACGCACAGAGACCAGGUAA